CCAACUUUUCAAGUCUUAAUUGGAAGGUUGGAGCUAUGGAGGAAGAGCGCUUGGAUCACAUACACAUUCUCGCAGUGCCAUUCUUACUCAAAGGCCAUGAGAUCCCUCUCCUCCAUCUCUGUUGCCAUCUCCACUCUCUGACAGGGGGCCGGAUCUCCGUCACGAUCCUCCAACUCCCAGGAGGAUGGCAGCGAGAGAACAGUUUGGAGUUUGUUCGCUACGAGGAUUUGCCGCUGGAGCCUCCAGCGGAGAGGAACAUGAAGCUCUUCCUCGAGUUCUUCCCAAAGUUUAAGGCGCUGGGCGGUGCCGUGGCGGCGCGCUGGCGGCACCGCAGAGUGACGUGCGUCAUAAGCGACGUUCUCGUGGGCUGGGGCGGAGACGUUGCCCGGGACUUGGGCGUGCCGUGGGUCGCGUUUUGGACGUCCACCAUGACCGAGCUUGCGGUGUAUAUUAACUUACCAAGGCUUAUCUCCGAAAAUGCGAUCAAAGAUCUCGAAACCGUGGUGAAGAUUCCAGGGCUUGUGGACCUCAAGGUCUUGGACUACAUGACGCUACACCAUGCCACAGAUCCAAAAUUCAGCGCCGCCAUUGUUGUCAAGACCUUUGUGGAAGCUGUGGGGUAUAGCUCCCAAGCUGAUCGCGUACUGGCAAACUCCUCCCACGCCCUGGAAGGCAAUGCGGUGAGAGCUCUUGAGCUAUGUGGAAUCAACAUCGUUCCAGUGGGUCCUCUCCAUCUAAACAUCUCCACUGGGAGCGAUCCAGACGAUCCAAACCAGGUAAUUCCAUGGCUGGACAAACAGGAGUCUCGAUCGGUUCUAUACAUUGCGUUUGGAACUAUUGCUCCAGUCCCGGCAGCCCAAUUCGAGCAGAUAGCCCUGGCUUUGGAAUCCACGAAGAACAUCGCUUUUCUAUGGGUGGUACGCCCGCAGCAGCUCGAGCUAGUGCCGAAGGAAUUCGGCGCUACCGCGCGGUACGCGCUCAAGUCCGGUGGUGCCUUAGAGCACGUUAAUGGUGGCACGGUAUACCGCGGGCUGCUAACCGACUGGGCACCCCAGGUUGGGGUCCUCGGGCAUCGUGCCGUGGGCGGUUUCUUGACGCAUUGCGGAUGGAAUUCGAUCUUGGAGAGCGUCACCGUUGGCGUCCCUGUGAUGUCGAUGCCGCGAAUGGCCGAUCAGUGCUUGACGAGGAAGAUCUUGGACGAGGAGUGGGGGAUUUCGGUAAGAUUGGGUAACGCCAUUACUGACGUUGUGAGCAAGGCCGAUUUGGAGGCUGCAAUCGAGGAGCUCAUGUUUAAAAGGCGGGAUGAGCUUGGAAAGAAAGUCAGCGAUCUUGGAGAACUCGCUAGACAGGGGAUGGAAGAAGGAGGAUCUUCUCGAUCCGGCAUCGAUUCCUUGGUCAAAGACCUUGAAUUGUGGAAGUAAACGCUAGUUCAAAGCUUUUUUUAUUGUAUUCUCUUUGAUCGAGAAGAGGAAAUAGUACGUGUAUA